ACUAUCGACUGCUACUGAUUUCCUGCGUUUUCAAAAUCUCAACGCUGGCGCUGUGAGCUACUGCGAAGUUUUCCAAACAGAUUUCAUAGGUUUAUUUCGUCUUUGCAGCUGGAGUAUGGGACUGAUAUGAAACCGUUAUUGUUGCCGGAAAUGUCCUGUAACGUUUUCAGUGUUUUCAGGUCGCGUUAUGAAGCGUUUUUUGAAGAACGAUGAGUAAUUAUAUUUUCAUCAGGGUCGUCGGCAAGGGGAGCUAUGGGGAGGUGAACUUGGUGAAACACAAAACAGACCGAAAACAGUAUGUUAUUAAGAAGCUGAAUUUAACCACCUCCUCCAAGCGGGAGCGGCGUGCUGCAGAGCAGGAGGCUCAGCUUCUGUCCCAGCUACGGCAUCCUAACAUUGUGACAUACAGGGAGUCUUGGGAAGGAAAUGACUGCCAGCUGUACAUUGUGAUGGGUUUCUGUGAAGGCGGUGACCUUUACCAUCGACUCAAACAGCAAAAGGGCGAACUCUUACAUGAGAGGCAGGUGGUGGAAUGGUUUGUCCAGAUAGCCAUGGCACUCCAGUAUCUGCAUGAGAGGAACAUUCUUCACCGGGACCUUAAAACGCAGAACAUCUUCCUGACCAAGACCAACAUCAUCAAAGUUGGGGACCUUGGCAUCGCACGAGUAUUGGAGAACCAGAAUGAUAUGGCCAGCACACUCAUAGGGACCCCUUACUACAUGAGUCCAGAGCUCUUCUCGAAUAAACCCUAUAACCACAAGUCAGAUGUUUGGGCCCUGGGCUGCUGUGUAUAUGAAAUGGCCACGCUGAAACAUGCCUUCAAUGCCAAGGACAUGAACUCGCUGGUUUAUCGCAUUGUAGAAGGAAAGCUGCCACAGAUGCCCAGUAGAUAUGAUCCCCAGCUGGGAGAACUAAUCAAGAGCAUGCUGUGUAAGAGACCUGAAGACAGACCUGAUGUCAAACUUAUCCUCCGGCAGCCCUACAUCAAACGACAAAUUGCCAUGUUCCUCGAGGCCACUAAAGAAAAGACUGCCAAGUCAAGAAAGAAGGCUGUGGGUGGCAGUGAUGAUUGUAGGGCCAACAGUGGACAGUCUGCGGUGACAUCUCAGCCAAAACCUGAGAGAAGUCCCCAGCCUGAACCUGUAGCCCGGGUGAAACGGAAAGACGAGAAAUCACAACAGGAUAAGGUUUGGAACGGCGUCGCAGACUUCGCUCCAGUCCAAACACCUCGACCACCGAAACCUUCUUCACCUGAGGCUCUCAAAGCCAGCAUUGCAUCCCUGGCGACCAUCAGCAACAUCAAUAUCGAUGUCCAACUGCAGCAGGACGAGGACGUGAUGAAGAGGCAGGUGCAGGGGCCCCAGUCAGUUGUGUCACACCACCGUGCAGGUAAUGAACCUGAGACUCACAGCGUGAACAAAGACAGCAAGGGACGAGGGAAACCAGAUCCAUCUCCCCCUCCUUCCCCUGUUAAGCCCCCUCCGAAGUCUGUAUCAGGUGUUGGCAGUCAGGGAACAGAUGAGAGGAGGGCCCCCAAUGGAUUGUUAGACAUUCAUCCACAGGCCACGCCAAACCCUGGGGAUACAUUUUCUGUCCGUGGGGAGAAACAGAUGUCAGAUGUGGACGGUAACGAUGAUACCAUGGAGUUACUUAAAGAGGCUGACAGGCAGAACCCAAAGCUGGAAGUGGAGAGAGAGGAUGCUUUUUCUAAGCGUGAGAGGAGAUCUGCACACAAAUCCAAUAUAGAGAAUAUCAAAGUAGAUGUGGAAGUGAGUAUGGACGAUAAAAGCGACACCGUUACCCUUCUUAAGGGAGCUCCGACACAGCACCAUACCCCAGACAUCCAAGAAAGCCUAGAAUCUACUGAAAAGCUGUUAGAGCCGUUCCCUCCAACACUGGAGCCUGUUCGGGAGGAAUCUCCCUUACCAGCCAGUAGGCCGGGUCGAGCCGCUCCAUGCCAAGCUCCCAUGUACUUCUCAUCAGAACCAUCUUUAUCACAGCAGCACAGAGGGAGGGACAUAAGACGGACACAUGGAGAUCAGGACAAGGUAAAGAGGGUAGCUCCUAGACCUUUACCUCCACCUCCUGUUGAGAGCAAAGCCGUGGAGGGGAGGAAGAGGAGCAGGAGGAGCACAGAGGGCAAGAGAGCCAGUGAAGCUGCAACCUCCACAUCAGUUAGCUCCUCUAAGGACGGAUUCUUACCACUGCCACAGGAUCGUCUUCUAUCUGCCAGGGAGAGAAGAAGACUGAGGCAGUCCCAGGAUGGGUCCAGCCAACCAGGUGUUAGUGUUGGAAGAAGGGCAUCUUAUGAUGUCACUUCCACCAAUGACGAGCACUACAACGCUCCAUAUAACAGAUCUGUUUCAGAAUCUAUGACUGAGACCAACUGUAAGGAUAAGUUGCCGGAGCGAAGGUCAGAUGAAGACGAGUGCAGCUCAUCCACAAGUUCCACAGAACGUUCGGAGGGAGACUGCAGGGAAAGAAAGACUGAGUCCAGCGACAUGCAGGAUUUAGUCCACAUGAUGACCCAAACUUUAAGAAUGGAUAUUGGAGACGGUGUGAGUGAGAUGGACAAAGGCAGAUUUGGCUCGACUGCGUUGCCAGAAUUUAAACUGAACAGGAAGUACAGAGACACCCUGGUGCUUCAUGGGAAGGCUCGAGAGGAUUCUGAGAACUUGUCACUCGGUGAAAUACCAAUCGGCUCCACGUCCGGUCCAGCAAAGAUAAGAAGAGCUAUCGAGCAGCUGAGAACAGAUGCGGUGAAGGGCCUGGGGCUCAAGCUGCUGGACAGAGUCCUGGAAAUCAUGGAGGUGGAGGAUGACACCAAACGAGAACUGUGCCUUCGUGACCAGAUGGGAGAUGAGAAGUACCACGCUUAUGCUGUGAUGGUGAGGCAGCUGAAAUUCUUUGAGGAUAUUGCCAUCAAGGUUUAGAGAAGAUACUGUUUCUAAGGGAGAAUACACAUGUGCAUUACCAUGACACCACUUGACAGUUCUCUAACAGGAAACUUUGUCUUUGGGAGAAAUGCUUCGGCGUUCAUGUAGAAACUUGUAUGCAUUUACAACCGGUCCAUAUUGUUCACGAAUAUGAAUUUGUUUCCUGCCAAAAUACCAACACAAGCUUGUGUGGCGUUGUCACUUCUUUCUCUCUGCUUGCAUGCGAAAUCAUUGUUGACGCUCGCAGGUUUUGUCAUGGAAAUGCCACAAUGCAGCUGCUCUGGUGCGAGCAAUCUUAUGUAAAUUACUGUGUAAAGUUCUUUUUUUAUCUUCUUAUUGUUUGAACACACAAUUCAUAAUUAUUCCUGUAGUUUUCAGGAUGUCUAUGCAAAGAUUGAGUCGUGUUAAAGCACUCCUUGUCUUUACUUUCUGUAGUAGAUGCUUAUUUGUUUAUUUAUAAUGCAAGCUAGAAUUUCAAUAAUUGUUUUCCUAUGCUAUAUCUUUGAAGACACUAGAUCUCACUUGCUGCUGUAUUUCUUAAACACUAAAUAAUGUAAUGUAGAUGCAUUGUAGAUAUUAACAUUUAAUCUUUUCUAAUAAAUCCUAAAAUGUU